ACUCCCGUCCCUGCCCCUUUCCCGCAGCUGCCGCCAUGUCCGCCCACCUGCAAUGGAUGGUCGUGCGGAACUGCUCCAGCUUCCUGAUCAAGAGGAACAAGCAGACGUACAGCACCGAACCCAAUAACCUGAAGGCUCGCAACUCCUUCCGCUACAACGGGCUGAUUCACCGCAAGAUUGUGGGCGUGGAGCCGGCGGCCGACGGCAAAGGGGUGGUGGUGGUCAUGAAGCGGAGAUCCGGUGAGCACUCGCCUGGCAUGGCCGCGGGGCGCAGGCCCCUCUCGGGCCACAGCGGUCAUGCUGUGGAAUGGAGAAUUCCGGUGGUCGGGAGGGAAGCCGUGUGAGCAUCUCCUAAUCGG